GCUUCAUAUUUUGAAGAUGGCGGAGCCGAUUCUCCGUUUGUCAGGGACUGUUUUAGCUUCUCUCAUGUUCCAACAUGUUAACAGUGACUCGGACGUGGAGGGUCUUGUCCUUGGAGAGAGCAGGGUCGAUGAGCAGGUCACCAUCAGUGACUCGCAGUCUGAUCACAUCCACAUUGAAGAAGUUUACAACAUCCAGAAGCACAUCGCUUGCCACAGUCUGAGCACUUUGUACACAAGCUGUGGGGAGGUGAACAUGGACGCUCUGCAGAAGAUGCUGGCAGACAACAAGCAGGAUAAAGUGAUCGGCUGGUACCGGCAGCGCAGGAACACGGAGCAGCACAUGACGUUCAGGGAGAAGCUGGUCCAUGAAAAGCUGAAGAGCGCUCUGUCAAACCCACACAUGAUCUUCAUGCUGCUGACAUCCAGCAGAGUGACACUGACUGGCUCCACUCACAGGAUGGAGUACUCUGCCUUCAUCUCCCGCAGCAGGUGCCUCGUCAACAUUCCAGUUCUGGUCACCAACUUGGGUCUGUUGGAGCAGCAGGCCUACUGGAAGGUGUCAGCUCCGUGCUCUGCAGCAGGAUACAACCUCACCAUGAAGAAGCACGGGUCCAAGUUCUUCUCCUCCAACGGGCUGUUGAAGGAGGUGAACGAAGUGAAUAAGAUGAACGAGUCACUGCAGGGGGAGCUGCAGAAAUCGUGCAGAGACGUGGAGGAGAGCGAGUGUGCGGUUGAAGCGCUGCAGGCCGAGGUUUCAGCUCUCAAGAAGAAGCUGCAAGAGAAGCAGCAGGCUGCAGCAGGAAAAGUUACCGAACCCACCAGUCCACCCGAGCCGAAGAACAACCUGCUGCUGUUCGAAGCUGUCAAAGCUCUGCUCGGCUCCGCCCCCAUGUACCUCACACAGACACUGAACCUGCAGGCGUUCCCUGUGCCUAAUGCACACGUUCCCAUGGCGACAGAGGUAAACUCCGACACUGUGCAGGAACAGCUAACCUUGCUGCAGGAGAGUCCAACAGCUGGUAGGAAGAGGCAGGGAAAGUCGCUGCUGGGGAGGGAGAAGAAGCAUGUGAGGAGCAAGUGGUGAUUCCAUCAGACGCUC